AUGUCACUUAAAAACUCUAAGGAAAUGAGGAAAGUAAACAUUUCUAGCUCUUUGGAAUCUGAAGAUAUUAGCUUAGAAACCAUAAUACCAACUGAUGAUAUUUCUUCCUCUGAAGAGAGAGAAGGUACUGUUAAAAUCACUAAGCAGCUGAUUGAACGGAAAGAGUUGCUCCAUAAUCUUCAGCUGCUUAAAAUAGAAUUAUCUCAGAAAAACUUGAUGAUUGACAACUUGAAAGUAGAAUAUCUGACCAAGAUUGAAGAGCUAGAAGAGAAGCUUAAUGAUGCAGUACAUCAAAAGCAGCUGUUGUCUUUACGACUGGAUAGUCAGCUGGCAUUACAGCAAGAAGAUGCCAGAAAACAUCAGGCUCUAAUGAAACAAGAAAUGGAAACUAUUUUAUUGAGACAGAAGCAACUGGAGGAAACAAAUCAUCAGUUAAGGGAGAGGGCUGGAGAUAUCCGUCGUAGCUUGCGAGACUUGGAAUUAACAGAUGAUUGCUAUAAGCAGCUAAAGUCUCUUCCUGAAGAUCAGCUUUCUAUCCCUGAAUAUGUUUCUAUCAGAUUCUAUGAAGUAGUCCAUUCCUUAAGAAAAGAGUUAAGUGAUCUGCAGAUGAAAAAAGAGAGCCUAACAGAAGAACUAAGUGGGUACAAAUCACAACUGAAGUGUCUGACGGAGAGCUAUGAAGACGAGAGGAGGACUCGGUCAGAGCUUGAGGUUAGAUGCCAGCGUUUAACACUGGAACUGGCUGAUACCAAACAAAUGAUUCAGCAAGGUGAUUACAGACAAGAGAACUAUGAUAAAGUAAAAUGUGAACGUGAUGCAUUUGAACAUGAAUUGUCAGAACUCAGAAGAAAAUAUGAUAUAUUAGAGGUGUCACACAAAGCACAAGCUAAAGAAAGAAAUGACUUAUCAAAAGAGGUAA